AUGUUUAGACGUAAGAAAGAUAAGAAAGAAGAAGAAGUAGACACUUCUCGGCUCAUCUCGAUACAAACGCCCAUUGCAGACUUGCCAGAAUCUAUUCAGCCGGCAAAAACGUCGAAGCUGACGCCUGACCAGGAUGCUAAGUACGCAGAGGUGCUCCGGCACUUCCAGGAUGCAGAAUUAAAACUGGCAACGUCGGAAAAGCAACAGCAGCAUGGUGGAGGAAACGACGAUGGCCAGCUGGAAACACUCUCGUCGGAAGAAAAAGCCUGGCUCACUAGGGAUUGCUUUUUGAGGUACCUACGGGCCACCAAGUGGGAUGUGCAGGACUGUAUUUCUAGAAUUGAGCUGUCGAUUGCAUGGAGACGACAAUUUGGCAUAGAUAAGAUGGGUGAGGAACACGGCGACUCGCUGAAAGCCAAUAUGGUGGAGGAAGAGGAGGAAACCGGAAAGCAAGUGGUGCUGGGCUUCGAGAACGAUGCUCGUCCCAUCCUAUACCUCAAGCCCGGUCGUCAAAACACGAAGACCUCGCAUCGUCAAGUUCAGCACCUUGUUUUCAUGCUGGAAAGGGUCAUCGACUUUAUGCCUCCGGGACAAGACUCGCUUGCGCUGCUGAUUGACUUCAAAGAGCACGCUGACGUUCCCAAGGUCUCAGGUGGAAGCAAGAUCCCCCCUAUAGGCGUCGGAAAAGAGGUACUACACAUCUUGCAGACUCACUACCCAGAAAGACUAGGGAAAGCCCUGCUCACCAAUAUCCCGUGGUUGGCGUGGACUUUUCUGAAAAUGAUUCACCCAUUCAUUGAUCCCUUGACCCGUGAGAAAUUGGUAUUCGACGAACCGUUCCCCAAGUAUGUUCCCGAAGAUCAAUUGGACAGACUUUACGGCGGCCUUCUAGAUUUCACGUACACUCAUGACGUUUACUGGCCCAAACUACUAGAAAUCGCGGAAAGCAAGAGGGCCCAUUACCUGUCGCGAUUCGAAAAAUUCGGAGGCUUGGUUGGGCUAAGUGAAUACGACCUAAGAGGCAGUCAUCCUGACCUUCUCUACCCAGUGGAGUCGCCCGAGAAAUAA